AUGCAUGACAACGCAUCAUCAGGGAGCCCCGAAAUGCGUGAACGGGAAAGAAACAUUGUUAUCUUCGGUGAGACCGGCUCAGGGAAAAUUUCGUUCAUCAACACAAUCACGCAAAGGCAACUUGCAAGGACAUCCAAUGAUGCACGUGGAUGCACUUCUACCCCUGAAUGCUACCCAGUAGCAAUUUCCAACAGUAAAUACAUCCUGAUUGAUACCCCAGGUCUCAAUGAGCCACCCGAAGGUACAGUGCCAGAUGCAAAGGCAAAAAAACUGUUGAAGGGCCUGUUGUGUGAGCUCAUGAGCUCUAGGUCAGAUGACAUCGGCCUUUUGGUGUACUGCGUGCGCCGCGAGGCUGACCCUAGCACCUUCGUUAAGGCCUAUGACAAAUUCUACUCUGGGAUCUGCCAUAAAAGAAUCCCGAUCAUCCUCGUUGUCAAAGGAUGGGGGAACGAGCAGGUUAUGGAGAACUGGUGGAAUGCCCACAGGAAUCAAUGCAGGAGUAUGCAUUUCGCGAACUAUCCAUACGACAUGGCGAGCCAAGAAAUUGACUACCAACACAUCCCGGACGACGUCACUCGUCGUGAUGCAGAGCCGAGUGGCUUUUUGCGCAACCUUAUUGCCAAGCACUCAGAUUCAGCGGUCGACACUAGUUGGUUUGAGCGUGUUUCAGGAGCGUGGGGAGAUGAGAAGUUUUACCAGAUUGUCAUGCGGAGUGGAUGA